AUGAAUAAUAAUAAUAACAAUAAUGUAAUAAGUGAUUUAGUAAUAGAAGAUCUUAUUGAUGACAAUGAUGAUAAUUUUAUAAAAGUAAUAGUAGAUUAUGAUGAUGACUCUUUAAAUGUAAAAGAAUUGGGAAAUGAAUUGAAAAUAAGGUCAUUAGAGAAUAAGUUAAUAGAGGUAAUCAACGAUCGUGAUAAAAUCUAUCGGAAAUAUCAACAGUUACAAUCAAAGUUUGAAACACUCUUGACAUAUGCUGAUGAAAACACAAAAUCACUUGUACAAAAAUUAGAUGAACAAAAUAGAGAAACAAAUGAAAUGUUUACCAUGUUAGAUAGUGUGCAGGAAUCGAAUAGAGUAUUAAGAGAACGUUUAGAACAAUCGAUAUCAGAGAGAUCAUUGAUAGAAUCGGAAAGAGAUCAAUAUAAAAGUAAAUUGCAAGCAAUUGCAUUGAUAAAUGAUAGAGGUAAAUUAAAAGAUAGUAAGAAACCAACAAGUAUUUAA